UUAAGAGGAGGCAUAUUUUCACCUUGAGUAUAAAUUCCUGGUUGAUGCUCAUGAGUGUUGUCUUGCAUUGCGGUUCUGUCUGUGUGUUUUAUCUGGAGGUUAAGUUGUACAGUUCACUUUGCUUGUGAUCUCUGCUCCUGAGGUGUGACUGCUGAAUAUGAUAGGGUAUCUAUUUUAAACAUUAGGAAUGUAUUUGUGACCAGCAAGGCAGAGUUGCUCAAAGAAUUAACCGGGCUUCUCUUUGAAACAGCUUGGAAGCACUGAGAGAGAUUACUACAGCUGUAACACUAUUGAAGAAAAAUAUGGAAUGGGUUUCAAUGGUGACUGAAUCCAGCCAAACGAACAGUAUUGACAGUAGCUUGAAAAUCACCAGUUAGCAGUUUCUUCACGCUCCAACACUACACAGCACUUUCCAGAGAGACCUCAUUGUGUGCAAGAAAUCCGCUUUACAAAUCUGCCUCAGUACCCUACAGCUUUGUCUCAUUAAAUACUUACAAAGGCGAAACUUAUCUACAGGAGCACUUGGGAAAAAUGGCAUUGGAAGAAUACAUGUGGAUGGUCAUUGUGGGUUUUAUCAUUGCUUUUAUCUUGGCAUUCUCCGUUGGGGCAAAUGAUGUUGCCAAUUCUUUUGGUACUGCUGUGGGCUCUGGUGUAGUUACUUUGCGCCAGGCCUGCAUUCUUGCUUCAAUAUUUGAAACUACUGGUUCGGUCUUGCUAGGAGCAAAAGUAGGUGAAACUAUUCGUAAAGGUAUCAUUGAUGUAAACCUGUACAACAACACUGUAGAUCGACUAAUGGCAGGAGAAGUCAGUGCAAUGGUUGGAUCUGCUGUUUGGCAGCUAAUAGCAUCGUUCUUGAAGCUCCCAAUAUCUGGAACUCAUUGCAUUGUGGGUGCCACCAUUGGAUUCUCAUUAGUUGCAAUUGGUACAAAAGGAGUCCAGUGGAUGGAACUUGUCAAGAUUGUUGCUUCUUGGUUUAUCUCCCCGCUAUUAUCUGGUAUGAUGUCUGGUGUGCUGUUUCUGCUGAUUAGAUACUUCAUCUUAAACAAGGAAGACCCUGUACCCAAUGGUCUUCGUGCCCUUCCAGUGUUCUACGCUGCUACAUUAACAAUUAAUGUGUUCUCUAUAAUGUAUACAGGUGCUCCAGUCCUAGGAAUCACCCUUCCUAUAUGGGCAAUAGCACUAAUAUCAAUUGGUGUGUCACUAUUAUUUGCUGCCUUAGUCUGGAUAUUUGUGUGUCCGUGGAUGAAAAGAAAAAUAGCAAGUCGGUUAAAGAAAGAAGGUGCAUUAUCAAAGAUAUCUGAUGAAAGCCUAGACAAAAUUCAGGAUGAGGAUAUGCCUGUCUUUAAAGAACUUCCUGGUGCCAAAGCAACUGAUGAAAGUACUAUCCCUCUCACUGGCUCUGUAACAGAAGAGGCUGGUGCAUCAGAUAAUAUAGCAAAUGGGAGCCAUCCACGUGUGCCCUAUGGAAGGGCAUAUUCAAUGACGCACAGUAUGGUGAAGUCACCUAUUUCCAAUGGCACCUUUAAUUUUGAUGGCCACAUGAAGAGUGAUAUUCAUGUAUAUCACACUGUGCACAAAGACUCAGGGUUGUACAAAGACUUACUGCACAAAAUACACCUAGACCGAGGUAACGACGACAGGCCUACGCAAGAAAAUAACUACAAGUUUUUGCGGCGCAACAACAGCUAUACUUGCUAUACAGCUGCCAUAUGUGGGAUGCCGGUGCAUUCGUCCUUCAAGGCUGCUGAUAUUUCAACCCCAGAAGACAGUGAAAAGCUAGUUACAGACACAGUAUCCUAUUCCAAAAAAAGAGUUCGCUAUGACAGCUACUCCAGCUACUGCAAUGCUGUGGCAGAAGCAGAAAUUGAAGCAGAGGAAGGUGGUGUGGAGAUGAAAUUGGCAUCCGAGUUAGUCGAUCCUAAUCGUCCUGUUGAGGAUCCUACAGAAGAAGAGAGGGAUGAGAGAGACACCUCAGAGGUCCACCUGCUUUUUCACUUUCUCCAGAUCCUUACAGCUUGCUUUGGCUCUUUUGCUCACGGAGGCAACGACGUUAGCAAUGCUAUUGGCCCUUUGGUCGCCCUCUGGCUUAUAUAUGAUCAGGGUGCUGUAAUGCAAGAAGCUCCUACUCCCAUUUGGCUGCUGUUGUAUGGAGGCAUUGGCAUCUGUGUGGGUCUCUGGGUCUGGGGCCGAAGAGUGAUCCAAACCAUGGGGAAAGACCUCACACCUAUCACACCGUCAAGUGGAUUUUGCAUUGAAGUAAUGUGUGCGCUAACCGUACUUGUAGCCUCAAAUGUGGGUAUUCCAAUAAGCUCCACUCAUUGCAAGGUCGGUUCUGUGGUGGCAGUUGGCUGGAUCCGCUCCAAGAAGGCUGUUGACUGGCAUCUCUUUCGCAAUAUCUUUCUAGCCUGGUUUGUGACUGUUCCUGUAGCUGGCUUAUUCAGCGCUGCUGUCAUGGCAAUCUUAAUGUAUGGUAUCCUGCCAUAUGUCUGAUUUGGUUGUUCCUUCCAGGAAAGAAGGGAGUCUCUCUUUGAAAUAAGAGAAGCCAAGGUUUCUCCCUCACAGUGCAGCGCUCCCUAUUUAAACCAUACAGUAAGAGCCUAGUCAGCAAGGAUUUAUCUUCAGUAUCUAACAUCUACUGUACAUAUCAUCUGUGUCAUUGGUUGACAUAACACGUGGUGCCGUUUUCUUAUGUAUUAAAGAAAUAUAUAUAUAUGCUUAUAGUAGGCAACACUACCUUAAAUUAUAAGUGAGAUGAAAAUAAUUGCCUAGAGCUGAAUCUUUAGUAAAACUUGUACAUAAUGUAUCAUUUAGUGGCAAUUUUUUAAUCUUUUAGAGAAGCUGGGAUGUUUGUCCAUUUCAUAUAUCAAGAAGCAAAGUGCAAAAUGGAUAUACUUUUUUUUAAAAAAAAAAGUUUAAUGAUACUGGAACAAAACAGCACAGAAGUACAUUGGUAAAAAUGUGGUUCAUAUCAUAUUGUUGUGUAUAAUACUGUAUGCACAUUGAUUUUAUAAAUACUUACAAAAAUGUAACUUUUUAACUGUAUUUCCCUGUAUAUUUUGGAUAAGAAAGUUUUGAAAGUACCAAAGAACGGGAAUAGCUUGUCAGUAUUAUAUUGUUUCUCUCUGUGUGUGUGCGUGUGUGUGUGUGUGCGCGCGCUGUUUCUCUCCUCCCAAAAUAACUUUCUAAUUAAAGUUAUUUUCUAUGCAUCGGUCACCAGCAAAGCUGGGAUAAUAUCUUUCAUGUUUUACUGUAACUAGCGAAGCGUCAUACUGUUACAGUCUAUAUAUCGAAUAUUAUCCACAUGGGAUUUAGUAAAAACCUAGCUUCAUUAUGUGUUGAACCUCAAAUUCUCUUCAAACAAGAAUUCAUCAACCCUUGUAUAUGAGUCCAAUUCUACUCCCAGAACAUCCAUCUAUUAGCAAAUUCAGGGGAAGGAAGGUGAGGAUUGAGAUAAUUUUGCUUUGCUUCUCCUGUUGCCUCCAGUAAGUCUCAACUAUGCAAUGUCAGCUGAAGAAUAAAAGUACCAUGUAUAUUGGUGCUAAAAAACGGGAGCAAUAUAGGCUGGUUUAGGGUUUUAACUAAUAGCCAGUGGUUAAAACCACUGGUUUUAUAUUGUCAGUGGUUUUUAAACCAUCAUUUGAAUUGGCUGUUAAAACUGUUGUCAUACAAAUUGCCAUUGUUAAUUAAGGAGCAAAAAACAAGAGCCACUUCUGAUGUUUAACUUCAGCAGAAUGAGAUCUGCUACCCCAUGGCUGCUUCCUUCACCCCAUAGCUCAGUAACAUCAGAAGUCUGAGGCUAUGUCAGAAGAGUCCAAAUUGCAGCUUCUAAUGACAGCAUUGCUCCAGAUCAGUGCUGACAUGGGAAGGAGCUGGUGUUACACCACAUAUUUGCUCAAAAUAAGCCUAUGCGGCAGGGUCUUGCUAUUUACUGUGUAAUCUGUACAGCACCAUGUACAUUGAUGGUGCUAUAUAAAUAAAUAAAUAAUAAUAAUAAUAAUUUGGGCUUAGGAUGCUACCAAAGAUGACAUUGCAGCAGUUCCUAAAACUGCUAAAGUUAUCACAGACAGAGAGGCCCUAAGAAUCCAGUUAUCUCUUUUUGAAGAGCUACCCUACCCUAGUCUGCCAGUUCCAUGUACUUCAUAAACUGAAGACACUAUACUACUGAAGAGACCUAACAGUUCCUGGCCCUAGAACUGCAAUUUUCUGUAACUCAUUGGAUAUGCAUCCGAUGAAAUAUUUCCCUAGUAGCAUAUAGAGAACUGCCUGGCAGACAUGUGGUGGAAUCCACUUUCCAUUACUAUGGAAACCUUGAACACAGACUUCUGGGAAGUUCUCUUGCACAAGUCUUGUUGAAAUGAAUUAUGUUUUUGUAUGGCUCCCAUUUUUCCCCUAUAGGUCCUAUGGUUUAGGACGUAUGGUGGACAGUGCAGCUUGGCAUUUAUAUGCUGAUUACUGUGGCAGUGUUCAGGUUGGAUUUACUGGAGUGGGUUUGAGGAAACAGUGCUUGGAGGAUUUUGGGAGCCUAGGACUGUUGAAAUGCUGCUAAAAUUUUGAUACAUGAACUUUCUUGGUACUCCAUUGUGAUCCUUUUUCAUUGGUAAUACAUUCUAAAUUUAUAAUAAAAUAAAUUGCCCUAGAACUGC